GAUGUUGCUUCAAGCGCUGCUUCAACUGAGGUUGAAGCAUCCCAGAAUGGUAUUGCUGGAGAAUUUGAGAAAAGUACCGUAGCACCACCGCGCUACGAGGCUAUUUUGAAAAGCGAUUCACAAAAGAGUAAACCUAUCAUUCACGAACCCCAAAUUGCCGAUGCCCCUCCUCUAUAUCCGUCAUUAUCCAAACUACACUACGAGAAGGAUAAACAUGGCCUUCUCACAGAGCAAAACCUACUUGCUUUCUACCACAAUCCAUUAUAUAUGGCCAGCGAAGAAUUUGUGGACAAAUUUGUACAGGUAAGCAUUGAUCCACGCGUUCGCUUUUCUUUAUAUAAAAGCUAUAACUCAAUACAAAACAAUUUGAUAUCAGCUGGUCCACUUUUCCCGCUGUUGAAACGCUUGAAGAGGUUGAGUGAACAGAUGGGCAUCAGUGAAGUUUCUGAAAAGGAAAACACGGAAAAUCUUACGAAGUGCCUCAGAGACUGCUGGGUUAUGCAGCAGCAGACAUUUGAAACUAAGGGCAAAUGCGGCGAGGGUAGGGAUGCGUCAGGAACGGGUCGAUUUCAUGCAGCUGUUCUAUGUACACCAAAAGUUGAAGAACUGAAGAAUUUACUUGCUGCUAACCGAACUCACAUGCUAGAUGAACGUAUUUGCCAAGAGUCUCAAUUCCGUUCUACAGCAUUACAGGUGGCAAAAUAA